UCUUUUCGGUCCUUUUCUUCUUCCUUUAUUUGCAGACUGCAUGAUGGGUUUUCUAGACAGAGGAUUCAGAUUGCGCAGAGGGUUUCCACUCCGAUGCUUGUGAGAAAACUUGAGGAAUAUCCGAAGAUGAAGAGGAUAAAUCUGCUAUGGGCAAAUGCUUUCAUCAGGUGAGAUGUCAUAAUCCAUAACAGACAGACAGAGGCACCAUGGACACCUGGAUCUUCCCAUCAUCCCCUCCGAACCUGUCGGAGCACCUCAUGUAUGACAGCUUCAUGCAGGGCAACGAGUCCGACCUUAAUGGGAACUUCACAGACCACACCUUCAACAGAACCAGUACAGUGGUCAUCACCUGCAUGUACUUCCUGGUGUGCGCUGUAGGGCUCUGUGGAAAUGCCCUGGUCAUAUACGUCAUCCUGCGCUACGCCAAGAUGAAGACAGUCACCAACAUCUACAUACUCAAUCUGGCCGUGGCAGACGUGCUCUUCAUGCUGGGCCUGCCGUUCAUCGCCAUCCAAUUGGCGCUGGUCCACUGGCCGUUCGGCCCGGUGCUCUGCAGGGUGGUGAUGACCGUCGACUCCCUGAACCAGUUCACAUCCAUCUUCUGUCUGAUGGUGAUGAGCAUUGACCGCUAUCUGGCGGUUGUGCAUCCCAUUAAGUCCACCAAAUGGCGCAAGCCUCGCAUGGCAAAGACGAUUAACUUAGCAGUGUGGGGCGUUUCACUGAUGGUCAAUCUUCCCAUUGUGAUCUACAGCGGCCUCAUCACGAAGCACGAUGGCUGCUUCUGCACCAUCGUGUGGCCUGAGCCUCAAGAGGCUUACUACACAGCAUUCAUGUUCUACACCUUCAUCCUGGGCUUCUUCCUCCCUCUCAUGGUCAUCUGCCUCUGCUACCUGUUCAUCAUCAUCAAGGUGAAGUCCUCAGGCAUCCGUGUGGGCUCUUCAAAGAGGAAGCGCUCUGAGAGGAAGGUGACCCGCAUGGUGUCCAUCGUGGUGGCGGUGUUCGUCUUCUGCUGGCUGCCUUUCUACGUCUUCAACGUGACCUCGGUGACGGGAACCAUCAGCACCACGCCUAUCCUGAGGAGCACCUUUGCAUUCGUGGUGGUCCUAGGGUAUGCCAACAGCUGCGCCAACCCCAUCCUGUACGCCUUCCUGUCAGAAAACUUCAAGAAGAGUUUCCAGAAUGUGCUCUGUCUUAAGAAGGUGGGAGGCCUGGAUGAGGUGGAGCGCAGUGAUAGCCGGCAGGAUAAAUCGCGCAUGAUAAAUGACCCUACGGAAACCCAGAGUACUCUGCUAAAUGGAGACCUGCAGACCAGCAUUUAAGAGGGACAUGAUAGACUGAAAUGACACUAAUAACUGUGACUCUAAGGUCACAUUACAUAAGGAGAGGAGAAAUGAGGAAUCAUGCUCCUUAUUGAAUGUAACGAACAAUAAAUGAAACAAAAAGUCAGAGUGGAUGGCUCUGUGACAUAUUGUUGGCUCCGUGGCUGUAAACAGAACCAUAAAAAACAUAACCAGUAGUUCAAAACUGUGUGCUCUGCAGCGUAAACGCAGAAGAAAUCUGUUCCCUCUGUUUGUUCUCUGUGUAUUGACUCGGAGCUGACACUAACGCCCACUAGCAAAUGGUCCCCUUGGUGACAUGAUUUUCCCUGUGGUGCCAGGAUUAUAUACAUACUUUACAGCAGAGGGAUGGUGCCAAGUUUCUACAGGCUUUUAUUGUGAAAAAUAACAACUAAAAAAUGUGAUCAGAUGUUGCAGAAUAUCUUUGCUCUUGUCAUUCCUCUGGUUCUUUUCUGUGCUCUUGUAUGCAGGAUUUUUCCUCUGGGGAGGUUUGUCUCUGAAAAAGUGACAGAAUCCUUUCCAACAUUUCUUUUAGAGACUCCAACUUGUGAAAUUUUAAUGCCUUUUUUUUUUUUUUUUUUUUACACAAAGCAUUACAUGUAAGUCCCAUUAAUUCUUGCGUCCUGUAGUACAACAGUCAUUAUCGUUUUUCAUGCAUCAAGUGUAAAUAGCAGAGAGUUCAAUAUAGCUACAUGCAUAAUUUACAUAAUAGUCACAGCAUUGGCUUGGUCAAUAAGCCAGGUUGGCUCUUAACCAAAGUGCUGCUAUAAUGUAUAGAUGCAUAUGUACAGUAAUGUCACAGAUGCCUGGAUACCAUUAUGUAUGUUUAACAGUGUUGCUGUAAUUCUUCGUUUCAGUAUCAAAAAGCCACCAGACUGCACGGUUGUAAAUUAUUCAGCAAGACUGAUGAGUAGUGGCUCUGCUUCUGUUCUUUAUGGCAUCUUAGAGCAUUAAAAGCAGCACAGAUAACAUUUGGUGAAUGAUUAUUUUAGCACCAUUGCUAUCUCACAGGUCCCUGCAACCUGCUGAUUGACCUAUUUGGAUAGAAUUAUAAGAGGCAGAUGGGCCACAUCCAGAAAAUUGUCUUUUAUAAAUAGACUUAUGCACCUGCUCGUUUGAUUGUGAGUGAUUAUUUUCACAGCUGUCUUUUAAGCUGUAUCUUUCUUCUGUAAGGCGCUUAGCUUUGUCCACCCUGCCCUGCACUGCGAGCUCACUUUGUAUGCUGGCGCUGACCUGUCCUCCUCUUAUGAUCCGCGGCAUGUAGGAGGCCACAUCUCAAGUGUCAGUGACGUGAAUUUGUGAAGGGCUAGAACACUUGUCCUCAAGAGGCUUGGGUGUUCCUUUAUCAUCAUCACCAUCAACGCUAUGGUGUCCAACCUGUGGCUCCCUUAUCUGUUUGUGGUCAGAUUACUAUCUUUAUUAAGCUGGUGCAGGCUGCCUCUCAUGCAGCACGGCCUGUGACAGAUGAUGAUUUAUGUGCAAUGAAUCCACAGUGUUGUAUCGAUUUAAAUGUCCUGUUUGACACUUUCUAGAAAAACAUGUCAAUAUUGAUAUUUAAAUAUAUAAAUGUACUGUAUAUAAAACUCUCAACGCAUACAAAGUAGUCUAACACCUUCUGUGCGUUUAACUUCCUCUGGUGCGUCAGCCUUGAUGCGCUGAAGCACUCACACUCUGUAAACCCCCAGCCAUUACUAAUCAAAUUCCAUCUCCCUUCUCCGUCACUGCAGUAUUGUGGAAUGUGUUACGUGGUCUUAUUACCAGCGAAAGACACGACACACCUUUUUGUGUCUUAUAUCUCCAUAGCAACAGUGGCCAAGGCUUUUGGUCCCAUGGUUACAUUCAUUAGCAUAAUAAUCAUAAACAGAGGGAUGACUCCAGACAUGAAUAAUCAAUGCAGGCAUUACUCAGAUGACUGAGAAGAAACUCAUAAAGGAUGCACUGACAUUUCCCAGCAGCCUCAUAAAACCUGGUUUACAUGUGAAGUUUGUGUUAAAAAUGUGAAGUAAUAAAUGUAGAAUAAAACAACUAUGAUAAAUCAGGCUGUAUACAGGAUCAUCCUACUGUUGUAGAGUGGUUAUUUAGCUUUACAGCACUGCUAUGAAUUUCAAUUUCCAGCUUUUAUUUUCUUAAAGGUGAAUUCCUUGAGGCUGUGCUGCAGAUUUUCUAGCUGUCCUUUGUGUGUUCAUGUUUGUUGUGGUUUUAUUAGCAUUGUUUCAGUCUUAAAUACACCUUAUCAGCUUUUAAAGACAUGAGCCCAGCUGUUAAAGUUUGCAGAAAGUUUGCUUUUUGUGUUCUGCUCUGUUCAGAUGUACAAAACUAUAAUGGAAAUGGAGCAAACAUACGUUGUGAAUAGUUGUGUUGAACUGAAUA